ACUCAGUGGAGCGACCUGACCAAGACGCACAGCCACGCGCGGCCCGUUCACCCAUGUGAUGACUUAACGGUCAGACACGAAAAAGCAGCUCGCACGCUCAGUGCGCCAUCCAGCAGAGGUACAAUCUCAAAGUGAGGGUGCUUAAAAAAAAAAAAAAAAAAAAGUUUCAAGUUUUGGGCUGUGCACCAGCGCGACCCGCCUCUCUCCCGCUGGAUCCGACGCAGCGACUUGUGGCCCCUGUUGCGCUCUGAGGGGCCCACGGCUCGUGCGCUGCGUGUGCGACAUACAAGUCAGCGUCAGGACAUAAAAGGCUGCGGUAAGGAUGAUGUCCUACAUAAAGCAGCCCCAUUACACCAUGAACGGGUUAAAUUUGCCCGCACCCGGAAUGGACAUGCUUCACACGACUGUCGCUUAUCCAUCAACUCCCCGAAAGCAGCGCAGGGAGCGGACCACCUUCACCCGUACGCAGCUGGACAUCCUGGAGGCGCUGUUCUCCAAGACCCGUUACCCAGAUAUCUUCAUGAGGGAGGAAGUGGCCCUCAAGAUUAACUUACCUGAGUCUCGUGUCCAGGUUUGGUUUAAAAACCGCCGUGCCAAGUGUCGUCAGCAGCAGCAGCAGAGCAGUGGUCAGUCCAAACCCCGUCCUCCAAAAAAAAAGGCAUCUCCAGCAGCUGAACCCAGUGCGCCUGACCCUGUAGCAAACCCACCCGGCUCUUACAGCCCGUCCUCAGCCCAGUCUGGUCCCAGCUUGGCCCCAAGCUCCACCACCGGAAACACUGCUGUGUCCAUCUGGAGCCCAGCUAUCUCACCUCUUCCCGACCCACUGGCCUCCUCAGCCCCCUGUAUGCAGCGUCCUUCACCCUAUCCUAUGAGCUACGGCCAACCAUCAGCCUACACUCAAGGCUACGCCAGCACCACCUCCUACUUCACUGGCCUGGACUGCAGUGCCUACCUCUCUCCAAUGCAUUCACAGCUGUCAGGCACCGGGGGUGCUCUCAGUCCCAUCACUGUGCCCUCCAUGGGCGGCUCCCUAAGCCAGUCCCCGGCCUCACUGUCCUCUCAGGGCUACAGCACUGCCUCCUCCCUGGGCUUCACCUCUGUUGACUGCCUGGACUACAAGGACCAGCAGGCAUGGAAACUGGGCUUCACCACGAUGGACUGCCUGGACCAUAAAGACCAAAACUCCUGGAAGUUCCAGGUCCUCUAGAUGGAGCUGAAGGUUGACAGACCAAAAGAGCUGGUGUGUCAGAUCAUAAGAAACACCUCUGCUGGAGGACUUUCUUUUACUCUCAGUUUUUUGUUUGUAAGAUUUCUAUUUUCUAAAAGAAAACCUCUGUAGAAAAGUGUUUUAUUUCAGCGACUGUGGUGGAGAGGACGUCAUUGAUGCUGCCUGACUGCAUAUGUUUUUUGUUGUCUUCUUCAUGCUAUGUUGAAUAAAAGAACAAAAGCCUUUACAAAGUUUGUAGGAAUGGACUCCCA